UAGACCUAAGAUAUUUCAAACUGUGGAUUCUGUGUGAUCAAAUAAUCUAAAAUUUGAAAUAUUUAAUGUUAACACCACCUGGUUGGCAAAAUAUAGGGAUCUGAAAAUUUGUGUUUGUGGCAAAGACUCAGUUCCUUUAUUUUAAUGUCAAGUAAGGUUUUCUAAAAGUGCAAGAUAACGUAAUCUGUAUUUAAGCCAAUACUAGGAAUCAGGAUAUUAUUAUAUAAAACUAACGUUCGCAUCUUUAAAGAGUUGGACAUCGUUUGUUAGAUAGCUUUUAAGCUUUUAGGAGGCUUCACUCAAAUCCAGAUACCAAUCGUUCAGGAUUAAGUCUUCGUUCAGAGUGAAGAUCGUGUAAUUAUAACAAACCUUUAAGUUUUUCUGAAGUUUGCUGAAAGCCUAUAAAUCCUAAAUGUUUAAAAACAGUUAAUAACGAUCUCCAACUCUUCGUCUUUGUAACUCUUCGUUUCUAAGAAAAAAAGUUUAAACUUUGAAAAGUUUCUUUGCAAAUUAUUUACAGAGUGUUGCAACUUAUUGACACAGUGUUGCUGAAAUUACAUAAUGCAUAAUGCAUAACAUUUGAAUUUUACUUUUUUUCUAGAAAUAAAAUGAAAUUUUCCUGUUUCUUCCGGACGGUGACAGAAAAGCAAAAAUAAAUGAGUCAACCCAACAGCGGAAAGGAUUCGGAUUCGAAUAGAUUUGGUCGUAUUCGGGAGAAUACAGGUGAUGAUACACAUACAGAAGUUCCUGAACCAGUAGAAGGUGCACCAGGAGCUGGAGUAGGAGCAGGAGUUGGAGGAUCCAAAGGAGCAGCUGAUCAAGGACGAACAGGAGAGGCACGUCAAGCAGGAAGAGGUGAAGAUGGAGAAAAACAAAGAUUUGAAAAAUCAGGAGGAAUACAUGAAAGUAGAGUGCUCGGAGAAGAGGCCGAGCAGACCCCAGGAGAACAAGAUGAAACGGGGAGGAUGAUUGGUCCCAGGAGACAGGAAGGAGAUGGAGAAGGGAAACCACGAGAGGAGGUGGAGGGGGAGAGGGGUGGAUUAUGGGGUGGGGUGGAAAGGAAGGGUGUAUGGGGUCGAGGAAUAGGAGGUGGGAGCAGGCGAGGAAAGAGGAGACAACAUGGAUUUUCUAGCUCAGAGGAUGGUCUUGAUGGAGGGAUAAACAGUGUUGGAGGUGAAAGAUCGUUAGUACAGGAUGUUAUCAGUGAACAGGCCAGUGAGAUUGAAGGGGAGUUAUCUACCAGCAGAGACUCACUAGAAACUACUCGAUCUACUGAUACAGAAAACAGAAACUCAGCAAGAUAUUCAGGUAUUGAAAUCAAUCCUCUGUAUGAUGGAGAUCGAAGGAAGAGUUCGAUUAGUAGGAUUCUAAAACAGGAUAUAAACGAGAAACUGCUUGGAUUCCAUCAAAGACACCGAAGCAUCAGAAACUUUGUAUCCUAUCCCUCUUAUGGUAUAGAUGAGGCCGACGGAACUUUCGUAACUAAAAGUGAUUUCCUCGCUAAAUGGCGAAAGGACCCUUCCAGUAUUCAUGUUCCAUACAAUACAGAUACAGAGGAAAACGUACUGCAUUUCCUAGCCAGAGAGGGAAAGCUUGACGUACUUCGUGACCUUUGUCUUGAACACAAGAAUGAUAAAGCCCUUUAUUUGGCUCUAAAAUCUAAGGAUAAAUUUGAUCAGACGCCAAUGUUAAGUGCCUUCAGUGCGUCUGAGAACAGAAAUGAAAUCCUUAAUUUUCUUCUUUGUCUCGUGCUAGACCAGGUUCAUCAGGAUACAUCUUUACAGGAGGUGACGAUACUAAACCAGAACAGGCACAAGGACACCGUGUUCACCCUUCUGAUGAAGAACCACGAGGUGUUCCUGGAAACCAGGCAGAUCUUCUUUCAGAUAUUUAUAGAUUAUUAUGAACGAUUCAACGCACAAUCAGAAGGAAUUUACAAGAUAAUCUGUCAAAUACUGGAGCAGAAUCCUGGAGCUGUAAACUCUAAAUCAAUCAGUGAUAUUAUUCGAGAACUUUCUACAGUAAAUCAACAGUUCUUCAGAGAGGAGCAUCAUAUAUUCAGCUACAGGAACAGUGAGACUAAGUCUAACCUACUGAUGGAGCUGGCUAAACAUGCUAAUGAUGAUGCUCUGAGAGAGCUCCUGGUUAAUAGAGUCACUUAUGGUCACGUGACCCACGGGGUUCUCCAGCAUAGAAAUAUUGAAGGUCAAACCCUCCUCGCCAUCAUAGAAGUUAACAGAGUAUAUCUAGCGGAGAGUUUACCAAUUGUGCUGAAAAAAGAAUAUGGCUGCCACAGGCGAGAUAUUCUUAAAACAGAACAGUGUCUUUCCAGACAGUUAGAAAGCUCUCUGUCCGCCUUCCAUAUAAUUAAUGAACUAAACGAUCUGGAAAACUCGAAUUCAUUUUCGAAAAAAUUUAAAAUUUGGGCAACCCUGUUUUGUACCUGGCUCACACCUACUAUAGGUUUAACUUUUGGUGAUAUAUUUUUUGAUUCCCUGCUAACUGUUGAAUACUAUCAUCAGUAUAAUAAUGACUCAUAUGUUCAGAUGUCUUAUGAAAAGUGUGAAGAGUGUAAAAAAGACUUUAACUCGACAAACUUCAACACAAGUCAGGACACAAUUCACUGCUUCGAGUCCUGCUUCAGUUCUGAGGCUCGUCUAGGGUAUACUCUAACCUUCCUACUCCUGCCUAUACUCUUCUACCUAACAGAGUUUCUAACCUUAACUGAGAAGUAUGAAGUUACGACUCUACGCAGAAAACUGGUUUCAUCACUCAAGGAGAUCCAUCAAAAACUUAAAUCGCCGUUCCAAUUUUUUGCCGCCGUAUUCAAGUUUUUCGGUGUACUGAGUGUCACCUUUGUUGUUGUUGUUUUCUGGCAACCAAUAACAGCACUCUUCAAGUUCUACAGGGACGGGAUAUACGAGACAUCGAUAGGAAACAGAAGAGUAGAUGCUAGAAUCAGGAAGCGUCGAAGUGAUUUAACUGCGUCUCGAGGUGAACUAAUAGAAGUCAACGUGGAAUCAGCUUUUGAACCAAUUAUCCAGGGAUAUAUUAUCUUUCCAAACAUCAUCGAUAUCGCGGGCAAACUGGGAAAGAUGUUUGAUUAUCAGGAUGGGAAGGUAUCCAUCAGCCUCCAGUUUACAACAGUAGAGGCUGCCCAGCUUCUAUCCAUUGGAACCUCGAUGGUCAGCCUCGCCUGGUGCUACUCAGAGUAUCAUUCAGUCAGGAAGAAUAUGUUACUGGAUAUAACGGUGUCUCCUUGCAGCAGGGUUACGAUGUUUUUCUACAUGUUCAUGCAGAUAUCUGCCCGUCUGUUAGCUUUCCAAUUGUUUGCGCUGUACUGGGGUCCUGGAAACCUGUAUCCGUUAGUCGUCUUCGUUCUACUUCAUAUGUUAGUCUCCAGUAUUCUGCACACAAUGUUCUCGGAGGAUCUGUUUUAUCUCAAGGAGGGAAAGUAUUUGAAGUUUUUCCACAACGUGAUGAUGAAUGGAUUUGCCACAAUAUACUUUCAUAACUAUCUCAGAAUGGAUGAGAUGCCUAGUACUGGGAAAGCCUUUGUAUCUGAUGCUGAUGGUUUAGGACCAGACCACUGCAAGGAGACUCAAACACCUGGUCUUCAUGUAUCAACAUUUAUCCGGCAAACUGCAUUCGAUAUUCUUUACUUCGUAGAGUUCAUCGUUCUACUAGGGUUCGGGUUCUCCUCUCAGAUAGUUCAGGUUUGUUUCCUCUCAGAUAGUUCAGGUUAGUCUCCUCUAAGAUAG